UAGGUACGUUUUGGUACCUAGCUUAGGUAUAUGCGGAACACUAAUUUUAUCAGCGCGAUAAACUGAUAAGGCACUGCACAUAUCAAAACGGAUAAAACACUCAUUUUCUAGGAACGACUGCCCUACAUUGUGUUGAUUUAAAAAAAUAUAUUGGCAAAGAUAAAAGAUAGUAGCUAUAGUUAAAUGUUUAAAUGUCGGUUUAAUUCUGUUUCGGUAUGUAGUUGCAACGUCAUUGCGUUUGGAGCAAGCAGUCAUACUUGCAAACACUCCCUGAGGUGGAACGAACGGCCGCGAACGCGUUGUUGUUUCAUAGUUUCGGCUUGCAUGCGAUCUCUGACAUGUGAACAAAGUGUGCAACCGAAACAAUGGCUCUUUCGUCGAAUUGCUGGAAAUACCUGGUUCUGACCUUCAAUAUUCUAUUCGGUAUGUCAGCAGUGGUACUUUUCGGCAUGAGUGGAUAUCUUUUAUACCGUCUCUUCAUAUACCGACACUUCAUAGGAGUCAGUGUGGAAUAUCCAGCUAUAUUGCUAUUAAUGAUGGCAAUCAUCACUUGUUCUAUAGCCUGGAUUGGAUGGAGAACGGCAAAGUCCAUGCAUCAGAUACAUGUCAUAAUAGCAGGCCUCCUUAUAAUUCUGGUAGUGGUGAUCGAGUUCUCGUGUUUCGUGUGGGCCAUGGUGGUGUGGGAUAACAUCGAGAUCGACAUCAAGACAACCAUGACCUCAUACUUCCUCCUCACCAAGGAAACCAAGGACGCCAGUGCUGACGUUAUCAGAUGGGACAGAUUACAUAUGAAGUUCGAGUGUUGCGGUGUGAGCGGACCGAAUGACUACAGCUCAUCCGGUCAUGUGCCCUUCUCUUGCUGCGGCCAGGGUCCCCUCGACUCCAUCCAGAAGCCGUACACUUCAGAUUGUACCACCCUCUACCAGAGAGGCUGCGGCAACUUGCUGCACGACUACGCUAAAGAACAGUUGCUGCUGAUUGCGAUGGUUGCCCUUGCAGCAUCACUCUUGCAGAGUACGGGUAUAUUCUGCACCUUCUUCCUCGCCCACGCCAUCAAGGAGAAGCGGCGGGCAUCUCUCCGGCACUCGAUAUCAAUCCGGGAGAACUUCGCGGCGCCUGACGACUCUCUGCUCUCAUCGCCGACUGCUCCUGCCCCCACCUUGCCAAAGUAUUGAAUUCCUUUAGUUUGUAAGCGUGUAUAGCCGAGCUGUCACUAUAGCGAGCUGUUAAAAGAGGACUCUUCGUCACUAGCUUUAUACAAACGUAGUUUAAUUCUCCUUUGAAUAUUAAGCAACCAAAGUCAAUCCGUCAAUCCAUAGCCGUUAACGCAUAUUAUAGAUAGCAGUAGCACCCUACAGCAGCGCACUGCAACGGGCGAACGUGACUGUCGUCGGGGUUCUCAUGGCAUGUUGCGAAAAAAUCCAACUGCUUGUCGCAAAUCUUUUUGGGCUCUGGCGAGUGACGUGACAUACCUGCACAGUGACUUGGUUUUUGGAUUCAUAGACGGCGUGUAUAUUGUACUACGCAAAUUUGUCACAGGUUCGUCAGAGCCCAAAAAAAUUUGUAACUGUCGCGAGCGAAUGUGGUGCAUGCUGGUGCCAAGGCCAGGAUUAAAAGGACAGGCUGGCUCAAACAAUGUUACGAUUUAUUAUAUGUAUUAUAGAAGCAGGCGUUAUUUUGCGGAAGUCCAUGAUAUACAAGGAUGAUAUAAAAGCU